GGAGGAAACAUUUUAACGACUUAACCUGUUCUGACGUUCGGUAUUUUAAUGUUUGACUGAUAUGGAUGCCAUUCUGGAGCGAGUACAGAACAAGUUUGCCUGUAUCAUUGGGGAACUCUGCAGUGAGCCUGUUGUCUUGUCCAAAUUUGCAAUAUGGCUUGAUUUACGUCUGGCAGAGUACAAAGCGAAGGGAGCCAUCUCAUUAGACUGCUCAGGGGAGAGUCCAGACCCAGUGUGGUUAAAAGGUCAUGAGGUACACUCACCAGUGAUUACAAGGACAGAUGAUGCCUACAGUCCUCAAAGUUUGUCCCGAACUGCCUUACCUGGGUCGAAAAGCUAUCAGAAGACACGUCCUCCUGAACCGGUAGUGUACGAGGAGAAUCAGCCAGAUGAUCGGUUGUCCCCGGGAGUCGUGGUGAUCAAAGAGGAAGUUACAGAAGAUGACCAGGAUGUGUUCCCUAUCAGUAUUCACCGUGUACAGCCCAGCAAUCAGAACGCUAGAAAACGACCAUUACCAGACUCAUUAUCCAGAUCACGCGAUUCCUUUUCAAAUUCAUCUCCAUCAAAAAUGCGCCACAUUGAAGACACGUCAAUCAGUGAAACGGACAAUCAGAGCUUGAUGUCUAUCAUCCAAGACUCUGAUCCUGAUGACCAUCACUCAACAUCUAUGACAGACAAUGAUUUUAGGACUUUGAUAUCGUCACAUCAGCCGGGGAGUGCCACCCAGUCAAGGGGAGAUAACUCAUUAGCAUUUUCACCUCAGGCCUCUUCCACAGCUGCUCAUUACUCAUCGUCUCCAUCAGUUUCAACAGAGGAUUCAAGCUCAAUACAACAUGUGAUGUCAUUCCAGUCACCUCCUGGGGAGCAGUCAUUAUCUCAAGAUACAGGACAUGGUGCAGACCCUCCGCGGAAGACAACAUCCAGAAUUUGUUUCGUCUGCCAGAAAGUGUUUACCCGUCCUGACAGCUUGACCAGACACCUCCGGCUCCACCAAGCCAACCCCAAACCCUUCAGCUGCCAGUAUUGCGGUGCCAAAUUCAGCCGAAAAGAGUACGCCAGAAAUCACCUGGCGCGCUGUGUGAAACGGAAAGAUAUGGGCGCUGAAAUUCCUGAGUGACUUUACCAUGACCAGUGACUUAUUCUGACUCCAUUGAAGUGAAAAAGUAAAAUGUCAAUAUGUUGCACAGUUCACGGGGCAUGCGUAGAAGUUCAGAUUGAAAUACAUAUAUCUUGUCAUAUAUCGUUUGUUAAAUGUUCCCAGUUGUAACAUCUGGAGCCCAAACAUAAAUGUUCAGAUAAAUUUCACGUUGUUGAUUUGACCCCAGUGAAAAACGUGUGUAUCAUUCAAAAGGCCUCUAAUGAGAUCGUUCAUCAAAAAUCAGCAGGGUACAAGUCCUGCUAAUUAUGACAGUUUUUAUUUGACUGGUGAAUGGGCGGAAGUCAGUCCGCGCAAGCGCGCAUACAGGGUGAGGUGUUCCGCCAUUGAACAGUUUUACCGGCGUACGGAGCCUUUCAGUAGUGUUUACUUUGAUCCAUCUUUUAAGUGACAUUGGUGUUUCAAAUCAGUGGACUGAUCAAGUGGUAUAUGUAUUCUGAGAAGAAAUCUUCGCUCAACCACUGUUCAUUGCUUUGUUUACAAGAAGUUUUGGCACAGUCACAGUUCAUCUUGGACUGUUUCUUAAACAGCUUAAAGCAGUCAUGGACAACCGCUUGACCUUAUUCAGUAUUGCCGUGAUGACUUGAAGUGGUUCCUCGUCGUGUAUACUGUCAUGACAGCAUCAUCUUUGCAACGGGAAACAUCUCACUUCGCUGUCCGGCGAACUCCUUAUGUUAUUUUGCCUUGUCUCAAAAAGCAGAGGAAUUUUGGACGUUUUAUUUUCGCAUGUCGUCUUUGACACGAAAAAGAAAAGAGAAGUGAUUUAACCAGAGAUUCGGGAAGUCUUUUAAGUUUAAGAUCCUAUUUCUGGCAAAAUUUCCAUGUGGAAGCUUUGUGUGCGGUUAAUGAUGUGUGGUAAAUUUUAAAAAGAAUAAUGUUUGCCUGUGUGUUUUUUUUAAAUAUGAUUCGGUUUUUAAUUUUUAUAUAAUGUUAAUCGUUUUACAUAUACAUGUAUAUAUAAACACAUUGAAAUCAUUUGCUGAAAUACUUGUU